GGGUAGCUCCGGACAGGCCGGACGCAGGACAAGACAGACGCGCAACAUCUUAGUUCACGUUAAAAAAAAAAGCAAAAAUCACACACUCAUCGCGUGAUCUCUCCCGAGGAGCUGCUUGCUAGCCAGCCCCGCAAGGCGCGCGUUUAUUUUUGUUUAAAAUCUCAAAGCAAAUUAUUCUGGAGUCGGCGAGCUCAAUGAAGAAGACUGCUGGAGAAGGCUUCCUCCGGCAGUCGUAGCCCGCAAGGACACCGCAGUUUGCUGCCGCUGCUGCCGUUGACUCUCUCUCUUGACCUCCGAAAGACCAUCAGAGACGGGACGCGUUCGUCGCGUCUUUCUCUCUCGGCACGGGGGAGAGAGAGCGGCACGCGGGGGGAGAGAGCGGCACGCGGGGGGAGAGAGCGGCACGAGAAGAGAGAGGGACACGCGGGGGGAGAGAGCUGCACGAGAAGAGAGAGCGGUCACGCGGGGAGAGAGAGAUCGGCACGCGGGGAGAGUCGGCACGGGCGGAGAGGGAGGAGGCGGGAGGAGGCCGCGUGCGUUCGUGACCCCCUCGCCUGCGAGCCCGUGCGUCAUGGUUUACUGCGCCGGCUGCGAGCGGCCCAUCCUGGGUCGCUUCCUGCUCACGGUGCUGGACCGGCCCUGGCACCCGGGCUGCGUGCAGUGCUGCGAGUGCAACUGCUCGCUCUCUGACAAGUGCUUCUCCAGGGAGGGCAAGCUUUACUGUCGCGAAGACUUCUUUCGGCGCUUCGGCCCCAAGUGCGCGGGCUGCUCCCAGGGCAUCUCGCCCAGCGAGUUGGUGCGCAGGGCACGCGAGCGCGUCUACCACGUGGCGUGCAUGACGUGCGCGCUCUGCGGCAAGCAGCUGCGCACCGGCGAGGAGCUCUACAUCCUGCCCGGGGGGGCAUUCCUCUGCAAGGAGGACUACCUCGCCUCCGGGCCCCCCCUCGACCCCGCAGCCGCAGCAGCCGCAGCAGCAGCAGCAGCCGCCCACGGCUCGGCCAGCAGCAGCGGCGGAAGCCCCUCGGACGCGGUGCCCCUCCGAGACGCCGGAGUCAGAUCGGUGGCCGCGACGGCGCGCAGCGACGGGAGCCCGACCUCCCCGGAGGGCGCCGCGCGUAGCCCCGACGGCGGCGAAGACGGCGAGCUGUCCAAGGACGCGGCGGGGCCCGGCGGCUCGGACAAGGAGGGCGAGGCCGAGGAGGCGGCGGGCGGUGCCGGCGGCAAGCGCCGGGGGCCCCGCACCACCAUCAAGGCCAAGCAGCUGGAGACGCUGCGCGCAGCUUUCGCGGCCACGCCCAAGCCCAGCAGGCACGUGCGCGAGCAGCUGGCCCAGGAGACGGGGCUCAACAUGCGCGUCAUACAGGUUUGGUUCCAGAACCGGCGCUCCAAGGAGCGGCGCAUGAAGCAGCUGAGCGCCCUUGGGGGACGGCGGGGGCACGCUCUCUUCCGAGGAGGGGCGCGGAGGGCGAGGCCGCUUGCGGGCCGCCUGGAGGAGGGGGAGGCAGGGGCCCCCUUCGCGUAUUACCCCGACUACCCCCCGGAAUUUUACGGACCCACGCCCGGCGGCGGCGGCGUGGGAGGCUUCGAGUUCUACCCCCCGCACUCCCAGGCGCAGACUCCGCCCGACAUGGGCUUCCUGCUGCCCGGCCCGCCGGGCGUCGGCGCCGCCGCGGCCGCUGCCGCCCUCGGGGCCCUGGAGGCUGCGCACCCCUCGCUGCUGCAGCAGCAUCACGGCGACCGCUACUCGGACCUCAUCUCUCCGCCGGGCGCCGGGCGGGACUGCCCCACGAGCCCCAACGCGGCCCUGCCCGUGCACCUGCACGGGAUGCCGCCCGGGAACGGCUUUCCCUCGGGGGCCGAGCCACCCUUUGGGCUGCACAGGGCAGGGGGCUACGAGCACAUGGGACACGAGAUGGGCGAGGCGACUGUUUGGUGACGCCAGAUUUGGUAGCCGCCGCCGCCGUCGCCGCACGUCGAUGUUGGCACGGGGAGCGCGUAGCGUAGCGUAGCGCGUUCCGUGCGCGACGCGAACGCGAAACGCGCGCGCGACUCGUUCUGCGGUCGACGUUGCGGAAGAAGGCUGACGUCCCCCACGGCGCUUGUGCCCAGGAUAGGUGCACUUUUUGUGAUCGUGACGCGUAGGCAAACACACGCAAAGCACGUGCGACCAUUGUGCGAUCGCCGAAGAGACAAAGAUCCCCCCCUUUGUAGCCUCAAACGGAUUGUUGGAGCCAGUGCUGCACCCGUUGACGUCACCGUGGGCACACGAGGUGGGCGGUGAUGUUGCCAGCACCACGCCGGGCCGCCUUUGUCUCUCCAGUGAUGAUGUUUACACACCGUAGUAUUUACAGAUUUUAACAAGGGGUGAUCCAAUGGGGAAGGCCCACGACCGGUUCACAUGUCCAUCACUCGCCACUUAGGAUGUCAGUCUUGGCCUGUAAUCGAACUGGGGCCGCCGGGUUAAUAUAACGCAGCGUGUUUAACCUUUUACGCCAUAUGCCCGAGCGGUUUGUUAAGGUUAUACGGGUGAAGGUCCUUUGUGAUCACACGCAGACGCACGCACGCACAGGCACACGCAACGCGUGCGAUCACGAGACGCACGGCUACGCGAGGAGCACAAAUGUGAACGGACAGCCACAACAAAACAAGAAGGCAACCCCCCUUCCCAAGACAUAGCAGAGCGGAAUCCUGUACUGUAAUGAAAACCUCUGAGAUGCUGUAUAGACUUUGACCAAAGGAAAUUUGCCGAGAGAGUGACUGGCUGCUCGCGACGCGAUGCUUAUGCAAGUGGACAGCCGGUUUUGCCGCGUGGGUAUGCUGACUGAUGGGGCGUACCGCGGUCGCGUCAGGAGCCGUUGUCGGGGACUUCUACAUCGGAUUGCUAAAGUUGGCAAGCGACACCUCCUGCCGUUCGCUGGAGGGACUGCCGAGGGGUCCGUCCCCGUGGGUCGCUUUUGUAACUGUGUGGCCAGACGUCAAUUAAAUUCAGAAGGCACGUACGUCGUCGAGACAAGUGUACAUAGUGCCAAAUAGGGUCUCCUUUAAAUCUGAAUUUCAAAAUGAAUGAAUAAAUAAGUAAUAAAGUGAGAAUCAAAACCAUCUAAUCAUGUAUUAGAUCGAGUGUGUGCGACGAGCGACCAAAUGUACAGAGGCGAACGCGUCCCAACAGACUAUUUGUACAUUGCCAAAUAUUUUAGGUAUGAUGAUGACGGGGUGUUUUGGGAUUGGGAAGCAGAGUGGUUUUUGGAAAACAAUUCUUGAAAUCUGCCCUGGUCCCCCCCCCUCCCCCCUCCAUCUCUCACGUGCGAAGUGGCAGACUGUGAAAUGAAAUUCGGAGCAUGCCGCGUCACAGAUUAUGUAAAGUGCUACACACGGGAGCGGAUUAACGGGGUCGUUUUAUUUUUCAAUCGCGACACCGCGACUGGACGGGGAUGGGUGUCGUAUUAUCCCUCUCCCCCCCCCCCCCCCCCAAUCUCAAUAAGUGACGCGCUGAUUCGAGAGAUGAGCUCCGGUUCGAGUUUGUAGGAAGAAGUUCAAUUUAAAUUUUGCACAAUUUUUUUUUGCAAGCGGAAGCUCGUGUUAAGUUGCCAGUUGCCCUGAUUUAUAAAAUAUCACGAUGCGUCCUUUAAAGCAAAAAAAAGAAAACCUCAGCUUUUAACUUAAUGACGGUAGCGUUCUUUUGAGAGUAGUUUUUGCGGGAUGAAAAAAUUACUUCAAGCGUGAUCGUUGCGUGUUGGUGUUGAAGAUAUGGCAAGUCUGGACAGAUGCAGAGGAUGACAAUUACAGACUCGAGCAGUUGACGGGCAAUGGUUUUACUUUCGUCAAUUUGCAUGUGAUGAUGCCCAAAUGAAUUUUUGCUGGCUUGCAGUUGCACAGGUAAAAAGUAUGUCUAAAAAGUAACUGUUCUCGCACACGUACUCGAAACACAUGUACAAACACACAACCCGUGCUCAUCACUGCACAUUACACAGAUAUGGGGCAAGUGUAAUUUAAGUUCAAUGUCUUUACAUUUGACUAUCCGUUGUUUACUUUUUUUUAUUUAAGUGGCGUUACUUAUAGCAGGCAGCUAAGUGGACAUUCUGCAAAGACGAGUUAAAAUAUUCUCAUUGACACUUUGGUAUGUUUAAGUAUUUAUUAUUGCUAUUUUAUAUUUGCUGGACAAACUGGAUUUUGUGUGUAUAAUGCAAUUUAGUACGGGUGAUAAUACUUGAUCGUGUAUUGAAAAAAAAUGUGAUGUUUAUUUAAAGUCACCUACUGAAUGUGCUAGAAUUGUGUAUUUGGAAACUUUAAUGAGAAUUUGACAUCCGUUGAUGGUUCAGUUUUUAUUAUUAGAGUAUCUUGGUCGAAACCUCACAAUGCCAAAUAUCUGCAAAAUACCUCCUUGUAAUAAAUUGUAAGGAAGGGAGAUCACUCAAGUGGUGUUCGUGACAACAAUAUCAGUGUUGAGUUAGCUUUUGCCUCUGCUGCUAUGAAAUAUGAACUUAAUAUCACCUGACUGCAAAUUCAAGUGUGGGUUCCUCCCAUCUCUUCCAAGACGUCUGCCCGGUGUGGAAGAGUAGGCCAACGGACCUCUAGAAGGGCUCGCUAAAGCUCCCUCUAGUGAAAACCCUUCCACCAUCAGCAAGAAAUUGCAGGACUGCAUAUUUACCUUUUACAAAACCAAAAAUACGCAGUGCACAGGUGUCAACGGCUUUGUCCAACUUUAUGCAAAUGCGAUCUACAUCAGGUGUGGCAAAACCGCAAGAGGCUCCCAGGGAAGCCUAAGUGCGGUUGGGCAGACACGGCUAAAAAAAUUUUAAAUUACUUUUCAAUUUCACUUUAUUUGAAACUGGAGAAAAACAAUCUGUGGAAGCAGUGAGCGGUCUGGCACACUUACAUCUGGCGGCAGAGCCAGACAUGAAUGUCCCCAAGGCACUCCCGCACAUUUUAAAACAUUCAUAACUCCGGCCAACCAGCCCGAGCGAUCCAGCCGAAUGACCACCGUGCGUGUCCUGUGGGUCACGGCCAUAUGGAGAUGUUGGUAAGCGGCUCAGAAGGUCAGGAAAGUUUGCCCACCCCAGUGGUGUACACCCACACACUAUGAGUUGAUUCGAGGACAAACUACAACCCCAGGGGAAUCAGCAACACUGGGGUGGGUGGUAAAGUUCCUGACCUGAAAAACAUAAACGUUUCAGGUAAUAAUCCCACGUUUUUUCAGGCCUGGAAUUUCAGGAUGUUUCGCUGAUAUUUUAGUUGUCCUUGAAUUGACUAAAGUGUUUGAGGGAGUAUACUGUACCUGAAAUUUUCGGUCGAAUAGCCCGAAAAGUUGUUCUACAUUGUAGUGCAGAUAUUUGCGGCCGAUAUUUUAAUGAAGAUUUGAUGGAUCACGUUUUACUUGGCUUACGACCAAAUCGCCAUGAAUGCACCCGGUGUCAGGCAUGAGCCUGGCUUAUUGAUUUAACGGCCGAUCAUCGCGGCUUGCCAGGUGUCGUAGGCGCGGUCCGGCUGAGAUGACCAAGAGAUGGCAAUGAUUGGUAAUGGCCAAACAGCACAAUGCAGGACCCUCCUGAAAAAUAGCAUUGAGACUCACUGACGUUGUACUGUUUAAAUAAUCGGCAGUUAUUAUUUUGGGUGGAUAUAUAUAUAUAUAUAUACCAUACUCUUAGGGUUUUUUUCGGUAAAGUCACGUAACUUUACCGAAAAUAAAACUAAGAGUAUGAAUCCUUGCAGUCACGAAAGCAUCAAAUCUGGAAUAUAUAUACCACUUAAAAUACCCAAACGUAUCUACUGAUGUGCUGCCUGACGGCUGUGCCAAUUCUUUACCCAGGAAAGCCUCGCUGACCCAACAUCCCGAUGCAGGACGCUCUUGGACAAAGAGUCUUGAGACUCGAUGUGGCUUGUCAUGGGUAAACAGUUGGCACUGUCAUUGCGCGUCGCUAUCCAGGAUUCAGGAGGGGUAACUGCACCAGGAUCCGCGGACGGGAGAGGCCUUGGCGCUCUGAUUCUCAAUAGAGGAUACCAUUGGGCACGGGCUCCUCAUCUCAUUCCGUACACCAGAGGCCCAUUGAUAACCAUUAUACGCCACCAGACACUAUUCAAGUGGCCCGGCAACGAUUAGUGCACUUUGCACUAAUCGCCACGCGCGCGUGUGUGUGUGUAGUGUAGCGGUUCGUGGGCUGCGCUACAAACCUGGCGACUCGAGUUCGAUUCCCGCUCACGGCCAACACCAAUGACGAUUGUCUGAACCGGUCCUGGGCCUCCCCUAGGUCGACUCAGCCUCAAAUGAGUACCUGGUGCGGUGUGUGAAUAUCGCCACUGGGGAGACAAAGGCGGUCGGGCGUGGUGCUGGCCACCCACCCCCUUGUGUACUGUUCUGGCCUUCAUAGGUUCUCGCUUAUAGCACUUGCCCCAACAGGCUGUUUAGGCUAUACGGUGGACCUUUUGUGUGUGGGUCAUAGAAGCUCGCUAACAUCACUUGCCCCAGCAAGCUGUCAAGGUUAUACGGGGGAUCUUUGUCAUUGUGUCAACAUGUGGGCAGCGGUGGUGCAGUGGUAGGCGCGCUGCGCUACGAACCCGGCGACCCGAGUUUGAGUCCCGCUCACGAGCACCAACACCCAGUGACGAUUAUCUGACUUGGUCCUGGGCCACCCCUAGGUCAACUCAACAAUGAGUGUCUGGUGCGGUGUGUCAACAUCGCCACGAGGGAGACAAAGGCGGCCGGGCGUGGUUGCUGGCCACCCCACCCCCUCGUGUGCCGAGCCGACAGCACUUGCCCCUGCAGUCUGUUCAGGGGAUCUCUAUGUGUCAACAUUUCAAGGCGGGCCCCACACCUGAGCGAACGGUCACGCGACUUGGUUGCACGUCCACGUACCCUGGACGUCUGCAACCAGUUUGGGGAGCAGUUGGGUCACAGUUUGCUCGCGGUAGAGAGACGGACUCCACACGUUAAGUAGAUCUGCUGAGCGCUUUGUAGUGACGUAUUUCACCACGUACGCAUUUCGCGUAAUCGCGAAUACGCUGUUAAAUUUCGCAACGACUCUCUCACGCGCGUACGGGGCGGUCGCAGGCGAUGACUUUAAUGUGCGCGAUUAUGAGAGCGACUCAUUGCGCGAGCGAUCGCUUCGGUGGAGGGUGGGACACCGUUUGACGCCGCGUGCCCCUGCAGCAGGAAAGACACAUUUGAAUAAAUACCGUGGAUCACGCUUUUGCGUGAAAUCCAUACGUCUGGCGCGUACGUUCCCGGCGUUUCUGUUCGUGUAUCGUUCGCCGACGUGGUACUGAUGCCACUUGAGGCUGUCCCGGAGCGGUUGCAACACCACGAGAAGCGAAACCAUGAAUUAAAUCUCUCCCAGCCACGUGGUCCCGCUACCCC